AUGGUUAAAAAUACUUGUCAACUGUCUGUAAUGCUUGUGGAUAAUGGUUCACUAGUACAAGAACUUCAUUAUGGGCCAUAUUCUCUUAUAAAAGGAGCAAACAAUUUGCCAGAAUAUUAUUGUAUAAGCGAUCAGGUAGAAGUAAUUGAAGCCAGUCUAACAAAAGCAAUUUUAACAGUAUACGCAAACAUAUUCAAAAAUUCUACACGAUAUUCAGGUCAUGCAAUUAUGGGCUGGAAUGAUGAAAAUAUUUUAGAAAAACUCAAAAAUGACGUUGAAUUUUUUCCAAUAAUAUGUUUAUUUGGAAAAUUUCAAAAUACAUUUGAAAAGCAACAAGGAAUUUUUGUAUCAGAAAUUGAAAAUAAAUAUUGUGUUGUGGAAAUUUAUCAAGAUUCUCAACUAAAAAAAAGAUUUACUGGGAUAAGUCCAGAUGAUGUUUGGAAAAAUACACGACUAAUUCAACAAUACAAUGGAACUCAGCUUUUUGGUUUGACUAGUUCAGUAAUUCAACAACUUGUACGAAAAUAUCAAGUUCCUACUUGCAAACUCAAAAAUUGGCAAGAUGAAUCUAUUAUGAAACCCCUUUUUAAUUAUCACCUAAAAAAAAGAACGCUAACGAACAUUAAUUGGCACCAAUUUGUUAUUAGUUGGGCUAAAUCAGAUGUUACAAUAAUUGAUUUGAAAUCUCAUUUGAAAAUAAUAUACCCACAUAAUUAUAAUUUUGAUGAACGUGAGUUUAGAGCAUGGAAAGCAAUACUGCACGCGUCUGGAUGUACCAAUGUAACUCCAUGGUUGUGUGGCAAAUCGGAGGUAAAUUUGUAUUAG